AUGGAUGACGGGGUUGAUGGUGUGGAUUCUGGUGAUUCUGAAGUGGAGGGUGGCUCUUGUAAUGGCCGAGACCCUCUGUUAAUGUCUCCCUCCAAGCUCGCUAGCAGUUGCUUGAACUCCGCAUCUGCUUGUUCUUCGCGAGUCAGUGUCCGCGGUUGCGACGGAGGUGUCUCGGGGUUCUCUGGUGCUGGUUUAAAACCAUCUGCCGCUUGCGUCAGCAGUGCAUCGUACCUCGAGACAGGGCACAUUGAAUUGAGAGAGAAUGAAGGGUUAUUCUUUGUAAAUAACAUCUUCCCCCCAAAACUGCAUUGGAUAUUAGAAGGGCCACUCCGCGCAAGUCGAUCGUACGAAGAGGCCUUGAAACGAAUCGAUAGACCACAUCUCGCAGCAUCCGAACCUUUACGCAUAAUCCGUCGUGUCUUUCCGAAAGAAUUGGACGUCGACAUUAGAGAAGUCAUUCCGCGAUUCAGGGAAGGCGGUGCGUUUGUAAAAUACACUCGCAAGGAAGGGGUAAAAGACACUGAUAUAGAGACGGCUAUCAAACAUAAUUUAAAAGAACACCCUAUUCGGCCUUGGUUCAACCCUUUUCAGCAGGUCAAGCUUGCUCGUGUCCUUGGGAGACCAUGGGUAGAGGAUUUGUACCGCAUACCAAGCCCGCGACUUAGGGUUGAGUUCCUGCCAGGCAGUACAGACAAUUCAGCAACGGACCUCACUACGGAGACUUUGUACUCACUCUUCCGCAGCUAUGGGAAAUUAAAGGAUAUUGAGAAGCAAUCGUCGGAAUCGAAGAUUACGCCAAGGUACGCCUACGUAGAAUUCGCUCGCUCGAAGUACGCAGUUACAGCCAAAAACUGUAUGCACGGAUUCAAUGUCCCAGAGCAAGAAGGAGGCGGGAAACCUUACACGAGAUUGAAGAUUAAUUACGAACGGAAAAUCAAGCUAUCCAUGAUUAAGGAUUGGAUUUUGAGCCAUCCAAGAAUAGUGAUCCCCACCCUCGCUGCGCUCAUCGCGGCUAUCACCGUGGCUAUCUUCGACCCGAUUCGUACCUUCUUUAUCAAAAUGAAGAUAAAAGCAACACUCCAGAUCGAGGAAAACAGUGUGCUGCGGUGGAUCCGUAAGCAGGUCAGUAGAGCCAACAUCAUGGGUUUGGGGUAUCAGGCAUCUGAUCCCCGUGGACUCACGGCCAUUUGGGAGGAUCGCCAAGAAGAUAUUUCUCAGCUGCAAUCUUGGUUGAUGGAAGACGUGGAGACUUUUAUCGUCAUCCAUGGCCCCCGUGGCUCUGGAAAACGAGAGCUUGUGCUAGAUCAAGCCCUCAAAAACUACAAAUACAAGGUGGUCAUCGACUGCAAGCAGAUACAAGAUGCCAGAGGAGAUACGGCAAAGAUUGCGCGAGCAGCUAGCCAGGUAGGCUAUCGGCCAGUUUUCUCGUGGAUGAACAGCAUAAGCAGUUUCAUCGAUCUAGCUGCCCAGGGCAUGAUUGGUACCAAAGCAGGGUUCUCUGAAACGUUGGAUGCACAGCUAAGCAACAUCUGGCAGAACACUGCCACUGCUUUGAAGAAAGUCACUUUAGACAAUAGGAAAAAGAGCGACAAGGAUGCACAUCUCACAGAUGAAGAGUAUUUAGAGGCUCACCCCGAACUCCGGCCGGUGGUGGUCAUUGAUAACUUUCUGCAUAACAAUACCGAGGACAAUGUUGUGCAUGAAAAGAUCACCGAAUGGGCCGCUGGGUUGACAAACGGCAAUAUCGCACAUGUCAUAUUCCUAACGACUGAUGUUUCAUUUGCCAAACCUCUCAGCAAAGUUCUAUCAAACUCAGUUUUGCGAACAAUUUCCUUGGGCGAUUGCUCUCCCGAAGUCGGCAGGAGAUUUGUACUUAACCAUUUGGCUGAUGAUGCAAGAACGGGAGAUAAGUCACCUAAAAACGAUGAAGAUCUAGAAGACCUGGACAUUUGCAUUGAAAUAUUGGGAGGCCGGGUUACUGAUCUCGAAUUCAUGGCACAUCGUAUUGAAGCGGGAGAAACCCCUAGAGGGGCUGUCAAUCGUAUUAUAGAGCAGUCCACAUCUGAAAUUCUCAAGAUGUUUAUCUUGAGUACCGAUGUCGGGGCACAGUGGAGCCAUGAGCAGGUCUGGCACCUCAUUAGGAUGCUGGCAAACGCUAAAGACGGCAGUCUACCAUACGACCAAGUCCUCCUCUCAGACCUCUUCAAGGAAAAUGGCGAAGCUGCUCUUCAAGCCCUUGAACAGGCAGAACUCAUUUCCAUUGGUUCUGUCAACGGCUGCCCUGAGACGGUUAAGCCUGGCAAGCCGGUUUAUCGAGCUGUUUUCAGAAAGAUGACCCAGAAUAGGACUCUUAGCAGUCGACUGGACCUUGAGAUCUUGUCACAUCUAAUUAGUAAAGAGAAUAAAAGUAUCGGGAAAUAUGAAGAGGAGUUGCGUUUGCUUGGGUCACUCCCUAAACAGCCUCGAGAGCUGACCGCUAGGGUUCAGUGGCUUUUGCAAAAGGUAUAUAACUCGCAGAACAAGAUCAGUAAGUACGAGGCGGAGAGUGCGAUGCUUCAAAAGAUACUUCAAAAUGGCCUGAUACAAUCUGUUUGGAAUAGCUCAUCGGGACUGGUCUGGCCAUUGUUGACAGCCGUCCUGGUAUUUUGCUGUAUUGCCACGCGUAUAACCAGCGGAUUUCGGAGUCGAGUCGCUAGUAAGACAGAAAAGCCGCAGUCAGUAAGGACGGUGCCAUAUUGGCUCCCUUGGUUGGGUCAUAGUGCUUCUUUUAUGUGGAAUCAUGUAAGCUUCACUGAAAAAGCCAGAGAUUAUAUGAAUGCUUCCAUGUUCGGCAUCUAUAUGGGCGGCACAACGUACAAUACCAUCGUGUCGCCAUCCAUGAUUGAGUCUGUCAUGCUAUCAAGGGUCACAUCAUCAGUCACUCUUAUCAACCGUGCGCUAAAGGCCUUCGGCGAUGACCUGGGCUCACUUCGAAACCUGGGUGCUGUUGACCAUCAUACAUUCCACCAUAAGCUUCCCAAUCUGCUCAUGCGGGAACCAUUCAUAACGGAUAUCUCCACAACCACAGUCCAGCUUCUGAAGCGCGAAAUUCCAAAUUUUGUGACCUUCUGCCGAAGUGUGGUCGACCAAACGCUAUGGGAGCGUGGAAGCGAUGUUGAUGUUGUCGACGACAACCGCAACAAGCCUGCUUGCGAGGUAAAUCUGUUUGCUCUUGUCAGAGGGUUCAUCGGUAAUAUUACAACCACUACCCUCAUGGGUCAAGCGGUUUUGGAAGUCUUUCCUAAUUUACUUGAUGAUGUCUGGAUACUGGACACCCGGCUCCCUCUUUUAAUGAUUGGUAUACCCCGUUGGGUACCAAUUCCGGGUGUGUCUGCGGCGUAUGCUGCCCGUGAUCGGCUAUUAAACUCUCUUGCUGCUUACCAUCAAGCAUUUCUCCAAUGGGAUGACGGUGUAGAUCCUGGUGUCAACUUCCGUGACCUUGAUGAUGUAUCAGAACCGUUGAAACGACGCAUCCGGACAUCUAAGAGCUUAGGGCUCACACCAAGAUCCAGUGCAGUCGGACAUUUGUCUUUGUUAUGGGCUAUGAAUGUAAACUCCUCUAAUAUCGCCUUUUGGCACCUUGUUCGCCUCUAUGCCGAUCCCACCCUCUUAGAAGAGAUCCGAAAAGAAAUCUCUCCUUACGUGCAGGCUCAUAGGCCAAGUAGAGAGGAGACCGGCUUUCCUUUCCAAGAACCGCCCAGAAUCUCUAUCGACCUUGAAGGGUUACUCAAAUCUUGUGCCUUACUGAAGGCCAGCUUCUAUGAAACGCUCCGUUUGGAUUCGGCCGACAUGUCAGUUCGCGAACUCACCUCCGACCUGACAAUCGAAGAGGACGCCACACUCAGUGAUAUUGCAGCGCCCCGUACAUACCAAGUUAGAAAAGGCGAGAGUGUUAUACUCCAUCAUGGGGUACUUCAGAAUGACUCUCGAUAUUUUUCGAAUCCUGACCAGUUUGAUCCCCUAAGGUUCAUCAUAACCGACCCGGUAACGGGGAAGAAGAAUGCAAAUAUGCACACAAUUAACCCUUUUGGUGGCGGCAUGUCUGGAUGCAAAGGGCGAGCGUUCGCUGAGAGACAGCUCCUGGCCUUCGCUGCUGCAAUGAUCUGCAUGUGGGAUAUUGAACCGAUGGAAAGCAGUCAGAUUGCAAUUCCAAGGCAUAGGCAAUCUAGUGGCGCUUACUUGCCUGAGAAAGACAUCAGAGUACGGAUAGUAGCGCGUGUUUGA